AUGCGAACCGCAUCCAUUUAUAUAAUUCUUGGAACAGUUGCUAUUAUGGAUAUUAUCUCAAUGUCUUAUGAUCUUCAUAUUGAAAUUCUUAAGUUUUACAGAGUGGUUAAUGUCUGUUUUUCCAAAGAAGCAGACUAUAACAUUUUAAUAAUUCAAGAGGUAUUUGAAUCCGUUCGUAGCUACACCAGACGCUGCUCCACUUGGCUUAGUGUCAGUAUUGCUCUAAUCAGAGUUCUAGUUAUUAAGUAUCCGAUGAACUCGAAAUUCGAUAUACUUUCAAAAUCUAAAACUGCUUUUAUUGUUAUUCCUUUUAUCCUGAUAUUAUGUGCUCCUCUACAUAUCAUGGACAUUUACAAGUAUCAAAUAAUUCUUCUUGAUGAGAACUAUAAGUGCACACAGUUCCCGUUCUACACCACUUAUUACUAUGUUAAAACCACUUCAUUGUUGUUUUUUCAAGACGACGCUUUACUUUUCAAUACUUAUAGAAAUAUUGAUGGAAUAAUAUCGAAGAUAAUUCCAUGCAUUCUAUUCCCAAUUAUAACAUUCCUUCUCAUCCUUGAAAUCAGAAAACAAAGAAUUAAACGGAAUAAAUUGAAGAGCUCAUUUGCACCAAAGGAAUCUAAACACACUACCAAAUUUGUGUUGUUCUUAACACUCCCAUUUUUCCUGGCAGAACUUCCACUUGGAAUUAUUUUUAUGAUCCGUUCUACAUUCUUGGAAGGAACUUGGUCAUCAAUUUUUAUGGAGGCAUUUGAGAAUUUAUUCCUAUUGAUUCUAUCGGGAACAACCGCGCUUCAUAUGGUUAUCUGUAUAUUUAUGUCAUCUCAGUAUCGAGAAGUCGCAUGGUCAACUAUUCGAUUUGGUUAUGUGUUAGAAAUAAUUCCAUGCAUUCUAUUCCCAGUUAUAACAUUCCUUCUCAUCCUUGAAAUUAGAAAACAAAGAAUUAAUCGGGAUAAAUUAAAGAGCUCAUUUGCACCCAAAGAAUCUAAAAACACCACCAAAUUUGUGUUAUUUCUAACACUCCCAUUUUUCCUGGCAGAACUUCCACUUGGAAUCAUUUUUAUGAUAAGUCCUCCACUCUGGAAUCAAAUUGGGUCAUAUCUCCUUAUGGAGGGACUCGAGAACUUCUUCUCAUUUAUUCUAUCGGGAACAACCACGCUUCAUAUGUUUGUCUGUAUAUUUAUGUCAUCUCAGUAUCGAGAAGUCGCAUGGUCAACUAUUCGAUUUGGUUAUGUAUUGGAAGAGCAGCAGAAUAAACCAAUCUUUGGGCAGAGGACGUUGACAGUGUGA